AUGCUGCGCUGCCCCUCCUGCCUCCUCCUCCUCUGGGAACCGGUGACCGUGUCCUGCGGUCACUCGUUCUGCAAGUCGUGCCUCGGGGGGGCCGUGCCCUCCCGCUGCCCCCUCUGCCAGGAGAGGCUGAAGCUGCUGGGCGUCGGGUCGGCGAGGUGCAACGUGGUGCUCUGCGGCCUCCUGGAGAAAUGCGUGGAGCUGGAGAGCCGGCUGGCCUGGCUGGCAGCCCGUGUCCGGGACUGUCUCACCCGUGGGGACACGCGGGAAGCGCUGAGGAUGGCUCAGAAGGGGGUCGAGCUGGCCCCGGACGCCAGCUCCCUGCGGCUGUGCCAGGCAGAGGUGUUCAUGGCGCUGGGGCAGCACCCGCAGGCGCUGGAGGACCUGGAUGCCGUGUGCAAGGCUGAGCCUGGAGAGCACGAGGGCUUCUUCAGGAAAGGGAAGGUGCUUCUGGAGAUGGGACAGAGAGCCGAAGCCCUGCUGGUGUGGGAGCACUGCCUGACGCUCAGUCCCCAUUUCCACCCUGCUCGGAGAGAGAUGGAGAAGAUCCUCACACAGGAGGAUGCUCCUCCGCCACGCACGGCUGCUGCACGCCUGGGUGAUGCUCACCUGGGCUUGACUUGUCCCCAGGUCGAUGGAGGGAGCCCUGAGCUCCCGUCUUCCGCACAAGCUCAGGAUCAGGAGGGAGAGCCGGUGGAUGGCCAAGGGGACGCUGGGUCUGAGCACGGCCAGGGCACAGCCACGCUUUCCCAGCUGGGGCGACGUCAGGAACCGGAGACUUCAGCAGAGAGACAGGGCCGGCGGUUGGUAGAUAACGAAGAGGAAACAGCAGCAGGAAAGUGUACCCAGAUAUGCCUCGGGCAGCUGCUGAGCAUAUCUGACUUGGAGUGUUCCCUCUGCAUACGGAUGUUCUUCGAGCCGGUGACGACGCCAUGUGGGCACACCUUCUGCAAGGAGUGCCUCGAACGCUGCCUGGACCACCGGCCCAACUGCCCCCUCUGCAAACAGAGCCUGAGAGAGUACCUGAAGGCUGGAAGCUACAGCCCCACCGUGCUGCUGCAGGACAUCAUGCUGGCCACCUUCCCCGCACAGGUGGCCGAGCGCCGGGAGCUGCACCAGGCUGAGAUGGCAGAGCUCUCCAACCUGACCAAGAACAUCCCCAUCUUCGUAUGCACGAUGUCCUUCCCAGGCAUCGCCUGCCCUCUGCACGUCUUCGAACCUCGCUACCGCCUCAUGAUCCGGCGGUGCCAGGAGACUGGCACGAGGAGGUUCGGCAUGUGUAUAUACGAGAAUGGGAAAAGUUUUGCUGACUACGGCUGCAUGCUGGAGAUUCGGCAGAUCGAGCUGCUGGCGGAUGGGAGGUCCUUGGUGGACACCAUCGGCAGGAGGCGGUUCCGGGUGCUGAGACGUGGACACAGGGAUGGCUACAACACUGCUGACAUCGAGUACCUGGAGGACAAGAAGGUGGCCGGGGAGGAGCUGCAGGAGCUGCAGUGCCUGCAUGAAAGCACCUACCGCUUGGCUCAGCGGUUUUGUGAGCACGGAGACCUUGCCUCCAGGCACAUUUUGAUGCAGCAUGGACCCUUGCCGGAGAAGGAAGAGGACAUCCAGGCUUCAGCAGAUGGCCCGACGUGGUGCUGGUGGCUCAUCUCCAUCCUGCCCCUUGACCCAUCCUACCAGCUGAACCUCUUCUCCACCACCUCCCUGCGUGCCCGCCUCACCCAGCUGCAGCGCAUCCUCACCGCCCUGCUGCAGCAGCCCCCCGCCGGGCACCCGCUGCCCGAGCGCAGUCCCCGGGGCCGCGUCUGA